GGGCUGAUAGGGAAUAAUGGGAGUGGAGUAGCCACAGCAUGAAUCUCGUUCGGUCUACGAGAGAGUCCCAAUUGGGGAUUUCUCAUCAAGCUCCGAUCUUGACGUGAAAAAUGCCCUAGCUGUUAAGGAUUCGUCCUGGUUUCUCGAGUUGUUCUUCGGAAUUUUUCUCUCAGCGUAAUGAAUUUCUCGUCGAGUUGAGGUUUUGUACUGAUAGAUUUUAGGUUCAUCAGGGAGAAGGCGGCGAUCGGAGAUAUUCGCUGUAAGUUUCAGCUCUUGCUUGGGAUUCUGGACGGAUUUUCUUCUGUUGAUUUGAAGCUUCCUCUUUUAUCCCUUGGGGUUGGAUUGGAUUGGAUUGGAUUGGAUUGGAUCUGCGUCGAGGGAGGUCGCUGCGCUGUGCAGAACUGAAGAUUAUCCUCUUCGUUGGAGGUCGUUUGGAAUGGCGAAAGAGGACUUGGUGGAGCUCAAGUUUAGGAUCUUUGAUGGCACCGACAUAGGCCCAAACAAGUAUGAACCUUCCACCACUGUCGCCUCUCUCAAGGAAUUCAUACUCGCACAGUGGCCUCAAGGAAAAGACAUUGCUCCAAGAACAAUAAAUGAUGUUAAGCUCAUAAAUGGGGGGAAAAUAUUAGAGAAUAACAGGACCAUUGCUGAGUCCAGGGUACCAGUUGGUGAGCUUCCUGGUGGUGUCAUCACUAUGCAUGUUGUCGUUCGGCCUCCUGUACUCGACAAAAACAGUGAAAAGCAAUUGGUGAAAUCCAAACGGCACAGUAGAUGCCGUUGCACGAUCCUCUGACCAACAAGAAGGCCACCAAACGAUCAAGAUAUCUUUAGUAAGUCGUCUGCUCUUGAAACUUUAGCGUAAACUUGGCUGUAAAAUCCAGUUGCAUAACACCAGUUUGCACCAUUCCGACAACUGGAGGAACUAAAUACACGCUUGCUUUGCAUAUCUAGUUUUUGUUUGACUGUAACCUCGGAGAAAUUGUGAUUGACGCCAGAAAAUUUGCCAAAAUUGAUUGUAACUUGCCAGAUUCGAGCCUGUGUACCUUGAUCUGAAACAAGAGAAAUAUAUAUUUGCUUCCAUUUCUUCUA